UUCGCAAUCAAACAUCGCCUACCAUUCAACAAACUGGAAACACCCAUCACGUGCAAAAACGUAGAUGGAACCAUCAACAACGGAGGAAAAAUCACCCAUUACACAUAUCAACGAAUUGAAGCAGGAGGAAAGAAUGCCAUGUGCAAAUUCCUCAUCACCAGAUUAGGAGGAGAAGACAUUCUCCUAGGAUACCCGUGGCUCCACAAGGUAAACCCCACAAUAGACUGGACAUCAAAAAGUGUG